AUGCCAUGUUCACGGUUAGCAAAUUUUGAUUAUCGUCGGGAACGACAAAUCCGGGUCGCAAAAAUUCCUUUGACCAGACUACGCGACAGGCAAAAUCCUCUCGAGUGGUUUAAUGCUGUAGAGUUCAAGAUACGUUAUCAUAUGUACAAGGAGACUGCAAUUUUUAUUACUGAUCUUAUCAGUCAGGACUUAUCUUACCGAGUGCCUAGAGGUGUGUAUAUUCCACCCGUAAUUCAGUUCUUGACCGUUCUCCGAUUUUACGCCACGGGUAAUUUCCAAACGGAUAACGCCGACUUGCACCAAAUGUCACAGCCAACAAUAUCCAAUCUGGUGAAACGGGUUUCAAAAGCAAUUGCCAAACUUCGUGGUCGCCUUAUCCAUUUUCCAAGCUUCCAAGAGGCCGAUAAAGUGCAACAGGAGUUCUAUAAAAUUGCUGGAUUUCCGGGAGUAAUUGGGAGUAUCGAUUGCACACACAUACACAUUAUAUCUCCUGGUGGCGAUGACGCUGAGCUGUUUCGGAACCGGAAGGGUCGAUUUUCAGUAAAUGUACAAGCCACGUGCGACGCCUCGUUGUGUUUCACUAAUGUCGUCGCUCGAUGGUACGGCAGUGCCCAUGAUUCUAGGAUUUUUGAAAAUUCCCUGCUAUUUGAUGACUUGCAAAAUGGCCGAUCCCCAGGUCUGUUGGUGGGCGACGGAGGAUAUCCACUCCUCCCUUUCCUCCUGACCCCAUUUGAACCGCCAAGGACCCCGUCGGAAUAG